UGUUCGCGUGCGUCUUGGGGGAGGGUGCCCUCAACGUUCCUCUGUCCUAGGUCCGGCCGUAGUCGCAUCCCUGGCUCAAGGCAUCGCUCGGAUCGCCGAAGGGGUGCCCCUGGCCGCGGUCGGCCAUGCAGGACGCCUAUGACUUCGUGCUGAUGGGGCCGGUGGGGUUCAUCGGCGCCGCGAUCCUGAAGUCCCUCGAGAGCGCUGGCUACAAGACCCUUGCGACGCGCAUGCGGCUGCAGGACAGGAUGGGCUUCGAGAAGCUCCUCGACGAGAACCGCCCGAAGAUAGGCGUCAUCUGCGCGGCCGGGGAGCGGGGCCGGCCGAACAUCUCCUGGUGCGACAGCCACCCGGUCGAGACGCUGGACGCGAACAUCACGUGCCAGUUCGGCAUCGCCGCGGCCUGCAAGGCGCGGGGUCUGCACUGCGUUCUGAUCGGCACCGCGAUCAUAUACGAGCCGUUCCCAGACAACCCGAGCUAUCGCUUCAAGGAGGAGGACCCGCCCAACGUCAAGGACCCGGGCGUGUACACGGCACUGCGGAUAAAGCAGGAGGAGCUGCUCAAGUAUUUCGACAACGUCCUCACCCUCCGGGUGCUCUACCCGGUGAGCAACGACCUGGACCCGCGGGGGCUCAUCGGCAAGCUGGCGCGUUUCAAGCGCGUCGACAAGGUGAGGACGUCCGUAACCAUCUUCGAGAGCCUGUGCCCGCUGAUCCCCGAGCUCUGCAAGCGCGGGUCCACGGGCGUGCUCAACUUCGCCGCCAGCGGCACCGUCAGCUACGUCGACAUCAUCGAGGAGCUGGCGAAGCGGGCGCCCCCGGGCUGGACGCCGCCGCCUUUCUCCGAGGGCGCUGGGCGCGCCGCGCCCGAGCUGGACGUCGCGAGGCUGGCGGCUGCCAGCGGCCAGCCCGUGCCGGACGCCACCGAGACCGUACGGAGGAUCAUCCGGACGAUGCCAGAGGCCGAGCUGGCGCAGCUUCUGCGAAGCGCCCUCUGACUGCGGCGGCGGCUGCUCGCGAGAAGAGCCUCGUGGGCGAAAAACGUUUCCAUACCCGCGGCCUCGCGAGCUGGGCCUCUGGGCCGCGACCCCGCGGAUACGGAGCGUUUUUUCGCUGAUGCCCUUCGCGUUUCUCAGAGUCCAUGGGCAAGGGGUGGUCAGGGUGACUCCUGAUUCGUGCCUCGGGGGUCCAAGCCAGGGCUACUCCGUUCCGGAGCUAUCCCAAGUCUCAGCGACGCGCAGAGGGGGGGGGCGGCAGUCCAGCUUGUCCUCUGUGCCGGCGCGGGCUGCUCCUCUUCCCUCCUCCGCUUCCCCCCUCCUCUUCCCUCCUCACAUGUCCAAACGGCGCCCUAUACCACCCAGUGGCGCCAUAUGAGGGAGAUGCAUUGCGUCCGCUAUUCGCGCUAUCUGACGCGAUUUUGGGCGCCAUGGGGACGAUCAAAAGCUCCGCUCCCGUGAGUUGCUAUCUAAUCAUCUUCCACCUCUGUACAGUCAUUUUUUUUUCCACAGAGCGGCCGCAGUACAGUCGCCUGGCUUUUUUCCACAGAGCGGCCGCUGGAUUCACGUCCUUCCCUCCCUGCCCUUUGCGCAAGUCGGUCGUCCUCUACCUCCUUCUCG